GCCCAGGUCCAGGUGCGAACCGGCCCGACGCACGAGACCCUGCGUCCUCCGUCCUGCGCCGCAAUUCGCCCGGGCGACUUCGCGCGACUCCUUUCGCCUCCUCCUCCUCCUCCUCCGGAUUGCGGCGCGACGGCGGCCGUGAGCGAGCGGUGCUCCUACUCCUCCUCCACGCCCUCGCGCCCAGAUCCGCUCCCCAAUGGCGCGGAACCCGGCCUCCAGCGUCUACGUAGGCAACUUGGAUGAGAAGGUGCCUGAAAGAGUCUUGUAUGAGAUUCUUAUUCAGGCUGGUCAUGUAGUAGACCUGCACAUACCAUGUGACAAAGAAACUGGGCGUCCCAAAGGUUUUGCUUUUGCUGAGUAUGAGACAGACGCAAUUGCUCAGUAUGCUGUUAGACUUUUUUCAGGACUUGUUAGGCUUAAUGGUAAAACACUUAAAUUUGCGCUUUCUGGACAAGACAAGCCCUCAUCAAAUGGCAAUAAUCCAGUAAUGCCUAAACUCAACCCUAUACCAUUACCAAAGCAGCCUCAGUUUGUGCAUUCUAGUGAUACGCUUGUGUCGCAUAAACCAGCAUAUCCGGUGGUAAAUGGUGGGAUUCCACAUAAUGUUUUUUCACAAGGCUAUCAUCCUUACAAUGUUCACCCUCAAGCAUUACCAACUCGACCCGUGCAUGAGCACCGAGAGUUUGUCCAUGGUACGUAUGGUUACAACAGUCAUGUAUAUGGUUCUGUUCUGAAUGCUAGCUAUGGGGGUUAUGUUGUGAAUGCUGUUGGUCAUCGAGCUGUGAGGCAACCAAUCAUUUACCCAUCCUACUAGGUUGUAGGCACCAAAUUGCGGGAUCUGGUAUUCAGAGUAGGCAGGUUAAUCGUAGCUUCUUGGUCCCUCAAAUUCUCAGUAGCAUCUUUGUUGUACCCUUGUACUUCAAUUCCCUGCAUGUAAAUAGGGCUGGUAUAUCCAUUUUAUCAACGGUAAGUUGGCAACGGAAAGCUCUGCCCACUACAUUGUACACCUUUGUACUUGUCUAGCCUGGUACAUCUUUUCUCUUUCUUGGAAUUGGAAAAUAAAGAAAUGCAACAUCGUGGGCUGUUUUGCACCCCCA